AUGGCGGCAACAAAAGAAAAGAUAGUGAUCGUCGGGGCAGGACCAGUCGGAUCUCUUGCCGCGCUGUAUUCCGCCAGUCGGGGUGACGAUGUGGAGGUCUACGAACUUCGUGCAGAUCUCCGCAAUGCUUCGACGACCCCCCUGAAUUUCACCAAGUCCAUCAAUCUAGCCAUCUCAGAACGGGGAAUCAAUUCCAUGAAGCAGACCAAUCGGCCGGGGUUCAUAAAUGCGGUUAUGGACGAAACCAUCCCCAUGCGUGGUCGCAUGGUUCAUAGGAAGGACAAGUCCGGCAAGCUGACAGAAGAGCCACAGCCGUAUGAUGUUCAUGGCAGGCAUAUAAACUCCAUUGACCGCGGCCGGCUUAACGAACUCCUCCUCGACGAGCUCGAGAAAUGCCCAAAUGUAAAGCUCUUCUUCAACCACAAGCUGACCGGCGCGGAUUUCAAAAAUAAGAAAGCUUGGUUCGAGCUUAGGAAGCCUGAAAACGCUGCAGGGUCAGCAGCCACCAGCACGACACAGGACGGCAAGCCAAUUGCCUUCACGCGAGCACCAGAGAUCGAAAUCACCUUCGACUUCCUUAUCGGCGCCGAUGGCUCGCACUCUGCCACCAGAUACCACCUGAUGAAAUAUGCACGCAUGAACUAUCAGCAAGAAUACGCUGAUGUACAGUGGUGUGAGUUCCAAAUCAAGCCAACGGCAGACACCAAUGAUUUCGCAAUCUCGCCAAACCACCUCCAUAUCUGGCCUGGGAGAGAGUUCAUGUUCAUCGCGCUCCCAUCGCCGGAUAAAACCUUCACAUGCACCUUUUUUGCAUCCGAAGCCCACUUCACUGCGCUGGAAAACGCGCCGGAAACCAUCGUGGGAUUCUUCAACAAGCAUUUUCCCGGCGUGUCCCCGGAACUUAUUCCACCAAAUUCACUCCAAGAGCAGUUCAAUUCGAACCCGCACCUGCCACUUAUCAGCAUAAAAUGCUCGCCACACCAUUUCGACUCCAGCGUCGUGGUAAUCGGCGAUGCCGCCCACGCCAUGCUGCCAUUCUACGGCCAGGGACUGAACGCAGGGUUCGAAGACGUGCGCAUCCUCUUCGAUUUCCUCGAUGAGUAUGGUGUGUACAACGCCUCCACCACCCCGCCUCAUGGGCAGCAAGAAAGACGCGCCGCUGCUCUGGCGGCAUACACAAAACAUCGCACGCCAGACGCACAUGCCAUCAACUACCUGUCACUCCACAACUACAUUGAGAUGCGUUGGGGCGUGACGUCGCCGCUUUACUUGAUGCGCAAAUCAGUUGAAGAGAUGCUCGACCGUCGCCUACCGUUUCUGGGAUGGUCAACCCAGUAUUCAUGUGUCAGCUUUAGCAAUCAACCUUAUUCAACGAUCGUGCGGAAGGCGAGGCGACAGGGUCUAGUUUUAACCAGUAUUUUGGCGGUUAUGUUGUCAUCUGCUUUAGGGCUUGGUGGGUUUUUCUGCUGGAAAGGAAUGUGGUUGACGCGAUUGGAAAGGCUGAUGAAGGCUUUCGGCAAACGAGCUUCGUAA